AUGAUUUCUAGAAUCGCAAGAAAUACUACUACCCACUGCUCACAGGCUACAAAAUCCGCAGUUACAAUUCUCUCAAAACGUUCAACUGCUCGCCUACAUACCUCACGCUCUACUCAACUCUCUUCUUCCUCUACCAUCACAUCUUCUCGCAGACCCUCUCUGCGGCCCCUUACCCGUAUCCCCUCAAUGCAAGCCCGUUCCAUGUUUAUCCAAACCACUCCUACCCCUAACGAAGACGCACUCAAAUUUUUACCUUCGCAACGAAUUCUUCCAGCUUCCUUCGGUACUCGCACAAUGGAGUUUCUUUCAGGUAGAGAUGCACAUGCGUCACCUCUUGCUCGCAAACUGUUUGCCAUUGAUGGUGUCAAGUCUGUAAUGUUGGGACCUGACUUUUUGACAGUCGAAAAGGUGGGCCGCGCCAAAGGUGAUGAUGCAUCUUCAGGAAGUGUGGCAGCUGGUGAUGAAGAUCCUGCUGCUGUUUCAUGGAUGGUUUUAAAGCCAGAGAUUUUUGCAGUUUUGACUGAACACCUGUCUGCUGGAUUGCCUGUGGUUGUGGAGGGCACCCAUGCAGCUGCAGAUACGGCAGCAAGUGAAGAUGAUGAUGAGGUGGUGGCUAUGAUUAAGGAGCUAAUUGAUACACGUAUUAGACCAGCUAUUCAAGAGGAUGGUGGUGAUAUUGAAUACCGUGGCUUUACACCAGAGGGAGUGGUACAACUUAAGCUCCAAGGCGCGUGCCGGUCGUGCGACUCGAGUUCGGUGACACUUAAAAAUGGUAUUGAGAGUAUGCUGAUGCACUAUGUGGAAGAGGUUACUGGAGUUGAGCAAGUACUAGAUCCUGAGGAACAGGUUGCUAUUAAUGAGUUUGCCAAGUUUGAAGAGAAGCUGAAGAAACAAAAGGGUAAUGGUUCUGAAGAGUCUGCUGCUGGUACUUCUACUGCUCCACCUGCUCUUUAA